UGAAAAGCCACCUUGAGGUCAGCAGACGAACAAAUUCUCGACAAAAACACGUACUUGUUCAUACAAUAGAUUAUCUUGACCCCACGUCCGAUGAUGGCAAGUUCGAUCAGUCAAACCCGAUACGAACAGAAUACUCCAUCUAUUCCUGGAAAUUGACACACACGGAAUUUGAUAAUCCCACCAACAACAAGUAAUCAAACCGUCAAUCGAGGUUUGCCAAGGCAGAAGUGGUAACGAGCUGAGUUCCGGACGUUUAAAUGUCGAAAUCAUGACAAAAAUGCUGAGAUUUGUUUGGAUAUUGAUGCAAUGCUCCUAUGUGCUCAGUGAUUUUGUGUUUCCGGAUGUCAAACUGGAAGCCUUCGACCCUGAAGGAUUCAGGGUCACUGUAGCAGAAAUGAAAGAUAUCAACUCCAUUGGUUUCCAUGCAAAUAAAAACCAGAAAAUCGAUGAUAUUUCACCAGGUGAGAUAAGCACAGAUAUAAUCAGACCUGCCGAUAAUGGUUGGUCGUAUUACAACCCAAAUCUGAAGUUGAAUGUGGGUGACAAAAUUUAUUAUUGGAUGUUUGUGCAACACAAGAAUUUGGGGUACAAGAAACCUGGUCAAUCUUGGACAGUAACUGAACUCAUCCCUUCCAGAGAACUCAAUAAAACGAACUGCAGAAGGAGUUUGACGGAAGCUUUAACACCAACAAUAAUAUGUGAAAAGCAACUGAUUUUUGACGGUUUAUUCUUAGACAAGAAAAUUAACGAGAGAAGUUGGAAAUUGGCCCAUUACAUCCCUUCGUUUCCAGACUACGAAUUUUGUUCUUACCAGAAAAGGGACGACAAUAUUUUCAUUAAGGAUCGUAAUCUAGUCAUCAAACCGAUUGCAGCUACAAGAAUGGAGGAAGUAAGUGGUACCUUGGAUCUGCGAGAAGGUUGUACUAGCCAUUCCGAGAAUGAUUGUAUUGCUUAUGAAGAUAGUGGUUUCAUUCUUCCACCAGUAAGGUCGGCAAAGAUGAAAACCAAUCAGAAUUUCAAAUAUGGAACCGUUGAAAUUAAGGCUAAAUUGCCGGCCGGUGAUUGGCUAUAUCCUGAAAUUUAUUUAGAAUCGAGUAAGAAUAAGAGUAAAAAAAUUUGGAUAGCAUAUGCACGGGGAAACCAGCAUCUUUAUGGUAAUGGUGGCGAUGAUAUAGGGGGCACACUCCUUUUUGGGGGGCCAAGUUUGACGUUCGCCGAACCUGAACGAAGCAAAUAUUUGAGCACCAGUCGAGGUAAAAAACCAUUCGUCGAAGAUUUUCAUGUCUACUCAGUUGUUUGGAAGCCAGAUAAAAUAUCAGUUUAUGUAGAUGAUUUACUGUAUGGAGAAACCAAAGCAGAUGUUGCAUCUAUCUUCGAUGAGCCCAUGCACGUGGUUUUGGGCGUCGGAGUCGGUGGUUUGACAGAUUUCCCGGAUUACUACGUCAGCACAAACAACAAACGUAAGCCGUGGAAAGAUUCAGAUAGGCUCAUCUACAAGAAUUUCUUCAAAGCGAGAGACGACUGGUUGCCAACGUGGACAAGUGAGGGAAGUUGUCUCAAAGUUGAAUAUGUUAAGAUAUUCGCAUUGUGAUAUAGGAAAAAUGUAAAAUUUAUGAAAUAAGUUAGAAAAAU